UGCCAAAAAUGUGUUGCAUUCCUAUUGCAUUGUCUUGCGGACGUCGGUGUUGUCUGUGUCUGUUUACAGGUGUGCAACUUUACCAAUUACUUCUCAGACGCCGUCUGCUGUGCUACCUCAUCCACCACUACAACCCCUCUCUCCUCCCUCUCCACCUCAUCAACAUCUACGCCACUCUCUCUGAGGUUUUCUAGAAUUCCGGUUGAGAAUCAUCUUAUGACAGAAGAAAAAGAGGUGGCUGGGAUAAAACAGAGGCCAAAGGAUGGAGGGAGCAAAUGAAAGUCGAAAAAGAACAACAGCGAGAAGGAAAAACAGAGUAAGAGGAAAGGGUGAAGGUAGUCAGAGCUAAGGGAAAAGGGAGCACCAGGGUUAAAGAGGGCAAACCCUGUUAUUACCAGAGUAAC